AUGGUAAGUAAUAUUUCGAAUUUAUAGGCAGGGUAGAGAUUUAGUUCAUGGCAAAAUUUAGUUAUGUUCCCAAAAAUUGGGAUUUUUGUGAAAAGAAUUAAUUAAUUUUAGGCCAGUAAUUGAACAUUUUUCAAACACUGAGAUUUAACUUAAUUAUUGUUAUUUUACAAUAAGUCAUUGAAAAUUCGAAUUGUAUAUCACUUCUAAGUAUGUCGAAAUCCCCUGAUGAUGCAAUUAUGUAAGAGAAAAUUAAGGUUCAUUCUACUUUUUGAAUUUUUUUCACAAUUCAUAUUCAGGUCAACUUCACCAUCGAUGAAAUCCGUGCGCUCAUGGAUCGCAAGCGCAACAUCCGUAACAUGUCGGUUAUCGCUCACGUCGAUCACGGAAAAUCAACCCUCACCGAUUCGUUGGUAUCCAAAGCUGGUAUCAUCGCUGGAGCCAAAGCCGGAGAAACUCGUUUCACUGACACCAGAAAAGAUGAACAAGAACGUUGUAUCACCAUCAAAUCUACGUAAGUUUUGUAUUUAGUCUAGAGCAGUGGGAAAAAUCGUAAAUUUUCAGUGCUAUCUCUAUGUUCUUCGAGCUUGAUAAAAAAGAUUUGGAUUUCGUCAAGGGAGACGCUCAAGUCGAAGUUGUUGAAGUCGAUGGAAAGAAAGACAAGUUCAACGGUUUCUUGAUCAACUUGAUCGAUUCACCCGGACACGUUGAUUUCUCAUCAGAAGUAACUGCCGCUCUCCGUGUUACUGACGGAGCUCUCGUCGUCGUCGAUUGUGUUUCAGGUUCUUAUUAUUCCACCUGAAAUUAGUUUUAUUUUUUUAUUUUUAGGAGUCUGUGUCCAAACCGAAACCGUUCUUCGUCAAGCUAUUGCUGAACGUAUCAAGCCAAUUCUUUUCAUGAACAAAAUGGACCGUGCUCUUCUCGAACUCCAACUUGGAGCUGAAGAACUCUUCCAAACUUUCCAAGUAAGAAAUUCAAAUUGGAUAAAUUAAAUAUAAUCAUUUGUUUUCCAGCGUAUUGUUGAAAACAUCAACGUUAUCAUCGCCACAUACGGAGAUGAUGAUGGUCCGAUGGGAGCUAUCAUGGUCGAUCCAUCAAUCGGAAACGUCGGAUUCGGUUCCGGACUCCACGGAUGGGCUUUCACCCUCAAACAAUUCUCUGAAAUGUACGCCGACAAAUUCGGAGUUCAAGUUGACAAACUCAUGAAGAACCUUUGGGGAGAUCGUUUCUUCGACUUGAAAACCAAGAAAUGGAGCAGCACUCAAACUGAUGAUGCCAAGAGAGGAUUCUGCCAAUUCGUUUUGGACCCAAUCUUCAUGGUCUUUGACGCCAUCAUGAACAUCAAGAAAGACAAGACCGCUGCUCUCGUCGAGAAACUCGGAAUCAAGCUCGCCGCUGACGAGAAGGAUUUGGAAGGAAAACCACUCAUGAAAGCUUUCAUGCGCAAAUGGCUCCCAGCCGGAGACACUAUGCUUCAAAUGAUCACUUUCCACUUGCCAUCACCAGUAACAGCUCAAAGAUACAGAAUGGAAAUGCUCUACGAAGGACCACACGACGAUGAAGCCGCUGUUGCUAUCAAGAACUGUGAUCCAAAUGGACCACUCAUGAUGUACGUUUCCAAGAUGGUUCCAACAUCAGACAAAGGACGUUUCUACGCUUUCGGUCGUGUUUUCUCCGGAAAGGUCGCCACUGGAAUGAAGGCUCGUAUCCAAGGACCAAACUACAUCCCAGGAAAGAAAGAAGACUUGUACGAGAAGACCAUCCAACGUACCAUCCUCAUGAUGGGACGUUACAUCGAACCAAUUGAUGAUAUUCCAUCCGGAAACAUCGCUGGUCUUGUCGGAGUCGAUCAAUACCUCGUCAAGGGAGGAACCAUCACCACCUUCAAGGAUGCCCACAACAUGCGUGUCAUGAAAUUCUCCGUCUCACCAGUCGUCCGUGUCGCCGUUGAAGCCAAGAACCCAGCUGAUUUGCCAAAAUUGGUAUGUUAAAAUAAAAAGAACAUUUCAAUGGAACAUUUUUAAAUUUCAGGUUGAAGGACUUAAACGUUUGGCCAAAUCCGAUCCUAUGGUCCAAUGUAUCUUCGAAGAAUCUGGAGAACACAUCAUCGCAGGAGCCGGAGAAUUGCAUUUGGAAAUCUGCUUGAAAGAUUUGGAAGAAGACCACGCUUGUAUUCCACUCAAGAAAUCUGAUCCAGUUGUCUCAUACAGAGAAACCGUCAGCAACGAAUCAAACCAAAUCUGUUUGUCAAAAUCGCCAAACAAGCACAAUCGUCUCCACUGUACCGCUCUUCCAAUGCCAGAUGGUCUCGCCGAUGAUAUCGAAGGAGGAACCGUCAACGCUCGUGAUGAAUUCAAGGCUCGUGCCAAGAUUCUCGCCGAAAAAUACAACUACGAUGUCACUGAAGCCAGAAAGAUCUGGUGCUUCGGACCAGACGGAACUGGACCAAAUCUUUUGUUCGAUGUCACCAAGGGAGUUCAAUACCUCAAUGAAAUCAAGGAUUCCGUUGUUGCUGGAUUCCAAUGGGCUACCCGUGAAGGAGUUUUGGCCGACGAAAACAUGCGAGGAGUUCGCUUCAACAUCCACGAUGUCACCCUCCACGCUGAUGCUAUCCACAGAGGAGGUGGUCAAAUCAUCCCAACUGCUCGUCGUGUCUUCUACGCUUCUGCUCUCACUGCUGAGCCACGUCUUCUCGAACCAGUUUACUUGGUCGAAAUUCAAUGCCCAGAAGCCGCCGUCGGAGGUAUCUACGGAGUCUUGAACAGAAGAAGAGGACACGUCUUCGAAGAAUCCCAAGUCACCGGAACACCAAUGUUCGUCGUCAAGGCUUACUUGCCUGUCAACGAAUCCUUCGGUAAGUUACAAAAAAUGUUGAAUCAAAUUUUAAAAGUAUUUAAAUUACAGGAUUCACCGCCGAUCUCCGCUCCAACACCGGAGGACAAGCUUUCCCACAAUGCGUGUUCGACCAUUGGCAAAUCCUUCCAGGAGACCCGCUCGAGGCUGGAACCAAGCCAAACCAAAUUGUUUUGGAUACCAGAAAGAGAAAGGGACUCAAAGAAGGUGUUCCAGCUUUGGACAACUAUCUCGACAAGAUGUAA